CCACGAUUAUAAAUAUUAAAAAUUCUUAACAUAAAUUUUAUUAUAGGCUUUUUCACCUACCUAAUAUGACAGGUACAUAUUGUGUAGUUUCUGGCUGUAAUGCAGAGUACUCUGCGUAUAAGAAGGCAGGAAUUGGUGUGUCAUUUCACAAAUUUCCCAGGCCAAUAGAUUUUGUUUCACAGACGAUUUUAAGUGAAUGGAUUAGACGAUGCGGGACUAGAAAUACUGAUCCUUUAAAAAAUCAUAUUUGCUCUAAUCACUUUUCGCCCACUGAUUAUGAAAGAGAUUUGCAAAAUGAAUAUUUAGGAUUGCCACCUAUGAAGAAGUUAAAAAAGACAUCAGUUCCCAAUAAAAAUCUUCCACAUGUGGUUUUGGCUGUAACAGAAAUGAAUGACGAAAACCAACUGGUAUCUCCAGAAGGACAAGUACAAAUGAUAAAGCCUGAUGAAUCUGGUAGUAGUACAUCAUUUGAUUCAUCAAAUUCAUAUUCAACUAUAAGCAGUGGGGAUUCAACGGAUUCUAGUAUGGGUGAAAUUUAUGGAGAUGCUAUUGAAUACAUAGCAGGCAGAAUAUAA